GCAGCGAGACCCCGGCCCGCCGUGGCCUGGGAGUCAUUACCGCGGGGGGCGGGGGACCCGGGCGCAGCCCCGGCCGGACCCAGCAGGAAAAAGUCCGUCACCCGCCGGGGAGCGGCGGGAGCCGGCGGCUAGCAGGAGGGAGGGCGGGCUGGGCAGGGAGUGGACGCGCGGGAAAGGGCAGCGCCGAGCCCCGCGCCCGGCGCCCGGGACCCCGCCCCCGCCCCCGCCGCCGGGAAGGGAGCAGAGGGGCGGGAGCGGGCGGGGGCGCCGAGGCCACACAGGGGGAAGGCGCUGCGGCCGGGAGGGGUCCGGGAGCGAGAGGUCGCCGCCGAGGAGGGAGGGCCAUCGAGCCGCCGCCGCCGCCGCCACCGCAGCCGCACAGUUCCGAGCUGAGCCCUUCGAGAGGAGCCUCACGUCCCCGGGGUCUCGCCGGAGUCCCUUCGUCACUGCUCUCUCUUCUCCCAUUUCCAACGCUACGCUGGGCUCCAGGAGCCCUCCCACAGAUCCUCAAUCCCAGGGGACCCCAGUGUCCGCCAGGGCCCAUCCUGGCCGUGCGGGAUGGCCGCAGCAGUCGGACUUGGAGGCAGGCUGGGGAUUGGGGGCCGACACGUUCGGUCUGCCUGUCUUUCUCUGACCCCGACCGACGCCCUCUGCGCUUUCACUACCCCGCCAGACCUCCGCCGGCUCCCAGCAGGCUGGCCCUCACGUCGACACAGGAGACUCGUGGGGGAUGUUAGCGUGCCUGUGCACAGUGCUCUGGCACCUCCCUGCAGUGCCAGCUCUCAAUCGCACAGGGGACCCGGGGCCUGGUCCCUCCAUCCAGAAAACCUAUGACCUCACCCGCUACCUGGAGCACCAACUCCGCAGCUUGGCUGGGACCUACUCACACAUCUCCCUUGUCCCCCUCCCUGGGCCCCAGCCGCUCCCCCGGGGGUUGGCAAGGGCUUUGCCCUCUUCCCAGUGCUGUUCUGCCUUCCAUAUCCGUCCUCCUGUCCUGCGCUUCAGACUGCCUCAGUUUCUUCCUUCUGCAGCCCUGCUCCUCCCAGCGGAACCCUUCCUUGGGGAUCUGAACUACCUAGGACCUCCUUUCAACGAGCCGGACUUCAACCCACCUCGGCUGGGGGCAGAGACUCUGCCCAGGGCCACUGUCAACUUGGAAGUGUGGAGAAGCCUCAAUGACAAACUGAGGCUGACCCAGAAUUAUGAGGCCUACAGCCACCUUCUGUGUUACUUGCGUGGCCUCAACCGGCAGGCUGCCACCGCAGAGCUGCGCCGCAGUCUGGCCCACUUCUGCACCAGCCUCCAGGGCCUACUAGGCAGCAUUGCAGGUGUCAUGGCAGCUCUGGGCUACCCACUGCCCCAGCCUUUGCCUGGGAAUGAGCCCACUUGGACCCCUGACCCUGCCCACAGUGACUUCCUCCAGAAGAUGGAUGACUUCUGGCUGCUGAAGGAGUUGCAGACCUGGCUGUGGCGCUCAGCCAAGGACUUCAACCGGCUCAAGAAGAAGAUGCAGCCUUCGGCAGCCGCAGUCACCCUGCAUCUGGAGGCCCACGGUUUCUGAUCUCUGACCUUUACCAGCUCCUCUUUCCUCCAUUCAAACCCUGUUUCCACUCUAGGAGGAGAACCCUGUAUGCCACACUUGUUGAGCCAGGAGACAGAAGCCACGAGCCUCUGACCCUCCCCUGGACUUGGAUGGGGGUGUGAUGCAAUAAGCCCUGUUUCCUCCCCACCUCCCAAAGGCCAACAGAUCUGGGGAAGAGCUGUGACAGGCCCCACCCUAUUUCCACAGAGAACGAUGCUCAAGGGAGUCCAAAGUGGCUCAAGUUGGUGCAAAGGCUAUCACAGCCUCCUGCCUGCUGCCUACCACUGGGCCAGUACCCACCCAGUCACACCUGGAGGACAGGGAGGGGGACCCCCAUAGCAUGUGCCUUUCUGAGUUGAAGCCCUUUGGCUACACCACUCUUCUUGGAUGGGGGUUGCUGCUCCGCCCACAAAUAACUACACAUCCAAUUCAGGAAACCAACAUGGUGGCAAGUCUAAACAAAGAGAAGGAAUUAAAAAUAGGAGGGGUGGGGCCUGCAUUGGAAGUGGCCUAUAGAUUGGAAGAGGUAAUACGGAAAGCAGAGGGCAGGGACAGACCAGAUCCAGGAGUCACCAAAUCAGUCAGUGGCAUAGAGUGGCAAACAAAAGCCACGUGGAGCACUAGGACCUUGCCUUAGAUUCUCUUGCCAGCAUCAUGGUGCCUCCACUCUGCCCCCUUUCCCAGGGUAUCUGUGGGUUGCCCAGGCUGGGGAGGGCAACCAUAGCCACAGCCACAGGAUUUCCUAAAAGUUUACAUUGCAGUAGCAUUUUUGGGGUGUGGGAUGGCAGCUCCCCCAGGCCCUGCCCCCAACCCCACUCACUCAUGACUCUAAGUGUGUUGUAUUAAUAUUUAUUUAUUUGGAGAUGUUAUUUAUUAGAUGAUAUUUAUUGCAGAAUUUCUAUUCUUGUAUUAACAAAUAAAAUGCUUGCCCC